AUGUCCACGGCACUGCUGGCCUUGGUCGCCGUGAUCCUAUGCAUCUUGUUCAGGAUAUUGAAUGUAAACAGUGCACCUAGGAAGCCAUUGAUCCUGUGUCAAGAUCAGUCAUUCCUUUCGACAGUUCUGAAAAUCGCUCCUGUUAUCGCAGAACCGUAUAAACCGACAAGGUUAUGGGGUUUCAGUGGUCACGUACAAACCAUCGUGCACAGUGUUAUUGGGCGCGUCCGUUGCCCUUGGCCAAUUGGAGUACGAGUAUCCAUCAAACUUACGGAUGAAACCACUCUUACCUAUGAUCUAUAUCAACCUCUGACCAAUGAUUACGAAGAUGAUGUAACCAUUGCGAUCUGCCCCGGAAUUUGCAACAGUUCCGAAAGUAUUUACAUCAGGACGUUUGUCCACUUUGUGCAAUGCCAUGGAUAUCGAUGUGUGGUACUUAAUCACGUUGGAGUUUUGUCGAGUGUAAAGGUGACUGCGCCGCGAAUUUUUACCUAUGGACACACCGACGAUUAUCACGUGAUGCUACAGAAUUUGAUACAGAAGCAUCCGAAUACAAAAAUAAUUUGCAUUGGCUACAGCCUGGGUGGCAACAUCGUGACUAAGUAUUUAGGGGAACGAGGACCGAAUAAAUUAUCCAAUAUAAUCGGGGGCAUAUCUAUCUGCCAAGGAUACAACGCCAUUGAAGGUACAAAGUUCCUACUUAGCUCGCAGAACUUACGACGUUUCUACAUGUACAUAAUGUCGGAAUCGGUGAAAAGUAUUAUACUUAAGCAUAAGAAUAUACUGUUGUCGGAGGAGAUGAAACAGAGAUUUAAUUUAAACGAAGGAGACAUCAUUUCCGCCGCGACGUUACUGGACCUGGAUGAAGCCUACACAAGAAGGGUACAUAACUUCAGAUCGGUAAAGGAAUUGUACAAAUGGAGUAGCUCUCUAUUUUAUCUCGAAAACAUCACCACGCCUAUGGUGUUUAUCAAUGCUCUGGAUGAUCCUAUUGUACCUGAAAUACUGCUCGAUCCCAUCAAAGAACAUGCUAAAACUCAUCCAAACACGCUAUACAUAGAACUGGCUCAUGGCGGACAUUUAGGUUUCUACGAGGGUGGUCUCUUAUAUCCGAAUCCUAUAACAUGGCUGGAUCGUACGCUCGUGUCACUCGUAGGAUCUCUCACGUUAGCGCACGCGGAUAAAUCAAUGAAAGCUUCUUAA